AGUCAAUAGUACUAAAAAGUAUUGUAAAAAUUUGAUAUCAUUUUUUAAAGAGGGUUUAUAUUCCUAAUGGAAACCCUAAUCAACCGGAAAACCGUCCGUCCGACGUCGUCCGGCGACGGUUAUAAGCCACGGCGGUUGCUCAAGGAUUUCCUGAAUGAGGACGAUUAUCAUCACCAUCCAAAAGAGUCAUCCAAACUUAUGGCGGCGGCGGCGGCCACCUCCCGAGGCGGCCGCUCUAAGACGGCGGCAUCCACCGCCAUCUCCGCCAUUCCCAAGGCGAUGCUCAGCAUCGUUGUGAGGCUCAUUAUACCCUUUCGUGCCUCGUCGAGAAAGAGCAUUGACCUCCAAGAGGGGCCUACCGCAGGCCUAAAAGUCAAAGACAUUCUGCGGUGGGACCUCACAGAGGAAGAAUGUGAUAAGUUUGCGGUGUUUCGCGAUGUCGUUUCUUUCGACUCGACGAAUGGGUGCACCACAGCUACCACAUCCGCGGCAAGUAGCCAGAAGUCUAGUUGGUGCCAUAGCAAUUUUAGGGCCGGGGAUUUCUCCGCAUCUUUGGGGAAAAUCCCCGGCGUAGGGGAAGUUGAGAAAGUUGGGAAGGAGAAUGUUUUUUCAUGUGAUGAGAGUGUCGGUGGGCAUUUCAGGGAAGAAAAUCAAAUGGUCCCACAGUUACAUUUGGGAAACCUUCUCUUCCAAUCCAAUCCUUCAUGAAUGCAACAAUAAUGGUGUUAGGAGGUG